AAAGGACGACAAGGACCGGCCCAUCAGAAAUUGCGAACAGCGCAAAGCGUUCAGACCAAGAUAUCAGAGGGGUCCCAUCCAGACACAGCAAAUUAUUGCAACAUGAAGAUGAUAUGCCAGACAGGCCGUACAUACUCGACAGAAUUGAUACUGUUCGAUCAGAUGGGAGACAAGGUCAUAGCUCAAGACAUCCGGUGGCUGCGCCAUAUGAAGUGGAAAGCCGUUCACGUCACCGAUCCGAUACCCAUGAUAGAGAUGACCCAGAAUUAUAUAGAAAGGCAAGAAGAUCCGCAAGAGAUGUUGAUGUGGUGGAUGAAAGGUCAGAAAGGGACAUUGAUGAUCCUGGAGAAGACCAGGAUGUCCCAAUAGAAGAACACGAGGAGGAAUUGAUGGACCCAUCACAAGAUAUCACUCAAGUUGAAGACAAUUCCGGAAACGAGAGCUUAGAUUGCGAGGAACAACCGGAAGACAGCAUGGAUUCAUUGCAGGGCUCCACGUUAGCAGAAGAUCAGGAAUCUUCGGCAGCCAUCAUGAAAAACUCACACGAUGCCGUACCGGAAAACGGAGAUGAUAUAGACGGAAAUGGUCCGAAAGAAGAGCCAGAAGCGUCCAUGGAGAUUUAUCCGCACGACUCAGCGUCAAAUAUUGGCGAUUCUGAGAACGAAUACGACGCAGAACUGGAGCAGGCAAAGAAUGACUUUGAAUCUGGCGAUGAGAACGGGGAGCAGGUUUCCGGAGAUGAAAGCGAUUUCAGGGACGAGGAGUACAGUGAUCGUGGAGAUGAUCGUGAAGAUGAUCGUGAAAUUGAGAAAACGCAGGUACUUCAAGUAGAGUGGAGCCAGCUUGUCGGGAAGAUCUGUGACAUGGCGAGCAAUCUCUUAACUAAACACCCGACCGCCUCGCCAGAAAACGUCCGCCAACACAUUGGCAAGUUUCAAAACGAAUACGAGGAAUGGAGCCACAAGGACAUUGAUCGCGAGGAAUUCAGUACCUUCGCAGAAUGGACAAAUUCUGUCACUGAGCACAAUAUGCUCAUAAUGCGUAAGCUGAAAGAUUUGUUCGAGCAAUCGGUCGGGGGCAUGUUUUGCAUCGGAGAAUCUGGUACAUCUGAGUGA